UUGCUAAUGUCUCUUUUCUAGCUUCCUCUCCAAUGUAUAUUAUUAUACGAGUGUGUGUUGAUUUAACGAGUUUAGAUUUUGAGGCUCUUUCACAUUGUAUCAUUGUUUGAUCAUGAUCACUACUAAUACUGCACAUCUCCCUACUUUCAAUGCAUUAACUAAUAUUUUAUUUGGUUUUCAUUUUUCUCCCUUGAAAAAGAAAAUGAUUUAUUUAAUUAACCUUGAUCAGGAGAAGAUUCAUUCGAACGAUAAAAACAGUAACAACAAUAAAUAUACACUAGUAAAAACGAAAUAAAACAAGAAUCGACAUUUGUGCACGCAAACACGUGUAUAUUAUAUGGCUAAUAGCAUUUUUCGACGAAUUUUUCAUCAUUUGCAGAGUAAGAUGGGUGAGAUGUCGGGGUUUCAAUUAGGUGUGAUUGGUGCGUUGUUCCUUUCGGUGGCCUCAUCGGUCUCCAUUGUCAUCUGCAACAAGGCCUUGAUGAGUAAUCUUGGUUUUCCUUUUGUCGGUUUUGCAGCCACAACACUCACUAGUUGGCACCUAAUGGUAACAUACUGCAGUCUUCAUGUGGCUUUACGCUUGAAUUUCUUCGAAAACAAGCCAGUCGAUAUGAAGACCGUGAUGCUUUUCGGUAUCUUAAAUGGUGUUUCCAUUGGAUUUUUAAAUCUCAGCUUGGGAUUUAACUCCAUUGGCUUCUAUCAGAUGACAAAACUUGCAAUCAUACCCUUCACUGUCCUGUUGGAAACUCUGUUCCUGAAAAAGCAAUUCAGGCUAAAACUUAAAUUCUCUCUAUCAAUCUUGCUACUCGGUGUCGGCAUUGCAUCCGUGACCGAUCUCCAGCUGAACAUCGUUGGCUCGGUUCUCUCCCUUUUAGCCAUUAUAACAACUUGCGUAGGCCAAAUCCUUACGAACACCAUACAAAAGAGACUAAACGUGUCUUCGACCCAACUAUUGUACCAAUCGGCCCCAUUUCAAGCGGCGAUUCUAUUCGUGACGGGCCCUUUCUUAGACCAAUGCCUCACAAAACAGAAUGUCUUUGCCUACAAAUACUCUCCAAUUGUUUUGGGAUUUAUACUGCUCUCGUGCAUGAUUGCCGUGUUUGUCAACUUCAGCACAUUCUUGGUAAUCGGCAAAACAUCGCCUGUUACUUAUCAAGUUUUAGGCCAUCUUAAAACGUGCCUCGUUCUUGCCUUUGGCUACACGCUACUUCACGACCCUUUUACCGCAAGGAACAUUAUCGGAAUUCUCAUCGCCAUUAUAGGCAUGGGUUUGUAUUCCUAUUUUUGCACUAAUGAGACCAAAAGGAAACAAGAUGGGGCUUUGUCCCAGGUUAAAGAAAAGAGUAGCACACCUCUUCUGGUGAGCCAUCAGGACAAAGAAUCCAAGGCCUCAGUACUUGUUUAAGUUAGAUAUUGUUGUUUGAUUAGUACUAUAUCAUUUGCUUCUCUUUUUUUUAUUUUUGGUUUUAUUUUUUUUCCCAUUGUAAGAGGCCUAAGGAGUGUAAUGCAAUUUAUUCUUUUAAUUAAUGAAAAUAAAUCUCGCAUGGACAUUUCCAAGUUGGCACAGAAGAGGGAAAAAGAGUGAAUAUUGAAAUUCAGGGGGAAUCAUGUUUUCACCAUUAUGCCAAAAUAGAAGUCCUACUAAAUUUUGGAUUUGAUCUCCA